GUCCACACUCGGCUUAAUUUCAAAUCCAAAGGUUAACCAAUCAUUGAGAAAGAGCCUGGAUAGCUGCUUCGUCUAUUCCAUGCCAGACCUCGAGUAUAUCUUCAAGCUCCAUAAUACCAAGACGUCGACGCUGACUCUCAGUCAAACACACCGAAUAUGCCCGACAUUGAAGCCUCACUUAGCUUCCUAGCCGACAUACCUCUUUAUGGCCAUGAAAAGCCAUUUCGAGUGGUACUAUCGGCGGACGAGCCGGACGUUGAAGAAUCUCUGAAAAGCAAUGUUGAGAUGGAAAUCCACGACAAAAUCGAGCUUAGAAACAUCAGGGGCAUGGACAUGCUGCCUUCCCUGGAUAUUCAAGGGUUCGAAUUCAUCCGCCACAAGACGAAGUACAAGCGACUCGACGAAGUCUGGCAGUGCAAAGGGUAUACGAAGGAAAUCACUGCGGUUUUGGAGAAUCAUUUGGGAGCCGAACGUGUUAUCACUUGGGAUCUCAGGAAACGCCAUGCCAUUACAUACAAGAAGGGAGAAGAGUAUGACGCAAAUGACCCCCGCCAGCCAGAUGGUCCGGCCGUAAUGGCGCACUGCGACUACUCUUUUGAUGGAGGCUUGAGAAUGAUUGAAGCCUACAUGCCGGCCGCCGACAAGCUCAAGUACUUAAACGAUAAGUACAGAGUCAGACUGAUCAACACGUGGCGGCCAAUGGUACCAAUCAUCCAGGACCAUCCACUGGCUGUAUGCGAUGUUCGAUCAGUGGAUCCGGAGAAACUUUUGCCUUGCGACAGAGUCCUAGGCGGUCGACUGGGUGAGAAUUACCUUCUCCAAUAUCAUAAAGGCCAAAAGUGGCACUGGUUGGACGGCCAGACCCCUGAUGAACCCCUCCUAUUCCUGUCGUGGGAUUCUGAAGCUGGCGAAGGAACACGAUCCUGCGCUCACGUAUCUUUUCGGAACCAGGCAGCGGAUGCGAACGCACCUCCUCGCAUGAGUGUAGAGACUAGAUCGAUCGUGAUUACUCCCAAAGAGCUGGACUAGGCAGCCCGUCACGGCGCAAGAGGGGAUCUGAGAGGGAUAUCUCGAAGGCUACUUUGUUUUUCCCCAUUUCAUCGCUUACUGUGGGCAUAUGUGUCCACUCCGCUCUCUAGGUACUUUCAAAUGCG